AUGGAAGUUAUUGCCAAUGUGUUCAAAGAUAAUAUGACACUUGUCGUACCGUUCAAAACAACUGAUAAUCUAGUCAAUGUUCGUCAAACUAUUCAAAAAUACUUACCCAUUGAUCUAACUAAAUACGUCAUAAUGUACAAAACAAAUGAUGAGAAUACAAAGCAAAUUCUAAUCGAAGAUAUUCUUCCUCAAUUACUAUUAAACUCUAAAAGAUUGAAUCUGUUCCUAGAGGAGUUAGAACCAAAUGAAACGUCUCAACGAGAUGAUAGUGGUGUUGGAAUAAUUAACUUAAAUGUUUCUGUUUCGUUACCAGUUGUACGACAUACAAGUACAAUAAAGAAUGCAAAUCUUGAUCAUAAACGUAAAAAAUGGUUAAAAAUAGAACAACAUUUUGAUGCGAAAGUAAUUUCAACAAAAUUCUACAUAUCAGAAAUAUCAUCGAAUGAUGGAAUUACUUAUUUAAAAUCACAUUUGAUAAAAAAUGAUAUGCCAAUUCCAGUUCAAGAACUCAUCACAAAAAAUUUGCAUAUUUUAGCUCAAGAUACUUCGCCUAUUUCUGAUUCCAGUUUAGAAAUAAAUCGAAAUGAUUUCAACAACAAUCAAUCUGUUGAUAUAAUUACUAAGAUAAAAUCAAAAAUUUUUCAAAAUCAAUUAAUCGUUGUUAUUGUAUAUGCUGUUGUGGAUAAUAAACAAAAAAACUUCGCUACAUCAUUGAUUAAAAAAAUGCUUUCUCAUCAAAAGUCUAAUCAAGAUAUAGAACAUAUGUUAGAUGAAUGGAUUGAUGAAAAUAUUGUUUCGUUCAACUAG